GGAUGUUUUCUUCUGCCUUGUGAGAUUUACCAAAGCGAUGGGAGCCUUACAGCUCCGAUUCUUAUUGGUUUCGGUUUUUACAGGCAUUAUAGGAGAAGCACAAUACCUUAUGCCAGAUGCUGGAUUGGUGCACUAUAUUGACCACCGGAUUGUCUCCAUAGAGAACAGAUUGGACAAAUGCAAUCAAGAUAUCGCAGAAUAUGUGGAAGAAUUUCGGGAAUUUUCAAAAAAGAUCAUGUUACGCUUAGAAGGACUCAACACUUUAAAGACAGAGCUCAAAAAUGACAUGGACCAUUUGCUAACAAGAGUGGAGAGAGCCCAGAGGGACAUUGACUACUUCGAAUCUGCAAAAGAGUCACCUUAUGCCUGUGUAGAAGUUGACGAAGGCCUGCUGGAGCAGGAGUUAUUUGAACAUGAAGAGUCCAAAAGGAAAGUCAAACUCAUGCUUAACGCAAGUUGCAACUACAUGAUCGCAGGCAUCAAGUCUCUAAAGAUAGUAAAGAAGUCUGGAGAUGAAAGUGGCUCAUGGUUGAAAGACCCAGUCAAGAAUUACCCUAAGAUUUAUUUCUUAAAUGGAACAAAGAACAAAACUGUUAUGGAAUUUACAAACAUCCGAGCUUUUACCGAAAAUGGGGAGAAACCAUCAGCUCGAAGAAUUACGUUGCCAUUUCCCUGGCAAGGAACAGGCCAUGCUAUAUAUAAUGGCCUUUUAUUUUUUCAUCGACAUGGUUCUUUAAAUGAGAUCAUAAAGUUUGAUGUACAGAAGAGGAGUGUAGUGGACAAGAUGCUGCUUUCAGGUGCAGGAGAGACAACUGCCUAUGAACUUAAUCCUUCCACUAAAAUAGACCUAGCUGUGGAUGAACUGGGAUUGUGGGCAAUUCAUGCAGAGUCAGAGACGAGAAGAAAUUUGGUCCUUACUAAAAUCAACCAUGAAACAAUGACGGUGGAAUAUACUUGGGAUACCUCUUGCAAAAGCCAGAAUGCUGAAGCCGCUUUCAUGCUGUGUGCCACCCUGUACGUAGUAUACAAUUCCCCAGGGGGAGGCACGCCUCGCAUAGAGUGUGUGUAUGACACCUUAGAGAUCAUCAAUCCUUAUGAAACCCCAACAUUUCAUUUCCCCAAACGUCAGACGAGUCACUCCAUGGUGCAUUAUUACCCCCGAGAAAAGCAGCUCUUUGCCUGGGAUAAUGGAUCCCAGGUCAUUUAUAAGCUUCUGACAAAGCGUAAAGGCUAAAAACUAAACAAAACAAAUUGAUAGCAACCCUGCCCAAUUUUCUGAGCCUACAUAUCACAGUGUGCGUGUGCGGGAACUGAACUGAGACACAGAGUGUGGUUUGCUUUCUACCUAUUUGCCCUCAUGUUAGAAUUAAUCUUUCAGUUUCAUGACACCUUUGGAUGAGGCUUUUCAGCCCUCUCCAGACAUUUCCAAAUGUCACAGUGCUCGCUCACUCUCCUUUUAAACAUAGCCAGCAAAUGACCUGUUUUGGAGGCAGAUUGGGGAGAAGGUGCCAAAGUAUGGAGUUGUUGUUGUUGCUGCUGCUGCUGCUGAGUGUCUCUGAGACAGAGGAGGAAGAAGAAAGGAGUGGGCAAGUUGGGGAGGGAGGUGAACAUGUGCUGAGGAGCAAGAGGGUAAUAUCACAUGGUUUUGUUUUAAACAAACAGCGCACACUUCUUAGGGGCACUGCUUUCGUCCAGUCGGUUUCCCUUUCCUUUUAAGUGCAUUUCUCUCCCACCUACAGUAUCUGUUCCCCAUACUCCUUCCUUCUCCCCCUCCAAGGGCAGAGCCCUUCUCUUUGGUAGCUUUCCUUUCUCUUUCACCUUUCUGCUUUCUUAAUACCUUGGGAUAAGUGCAUAAAAUUGUUGGUUGUACUUUAAAGAUCCAGGAUUUCAGCCAUACAGGUAGUUCCUCAUCAAAGUCGAUCGCAACCAUCCCACAAAGUCUUUCAAAGGAGUAGUCAUGUUAGUCUGUGCAAGCAUAUCAGACAAAAAUAAACAAGAGUCAAAAAAGUUGUGACAUCUUAAUGAGAGCUUUCGUGGAUUAAAUCCACUUCUUUAGACAUGAGAGUGAGACUCUAUGACUGCCAAUGCUUUCUUAACUGUUGUAACACUCCUUUACUUGAGGUACAUUGAUGACAUUUUUAUUAUCUAGAGCAACAGAAAAGAAGCCCUGGAGAAAUUCCACCAUGUCUUCAAAAACUUUCAUCCUAACAUGAACUUCAGCCUGGACCAAACUGCACAACAGGUGCACUUUCUAGAUACCACUGUGAAGCAACAAUGUGGAUAUCUUAGCAUCAUGCUGUGUCAAAAACCCACUUACUGAAUUCUUCCCUCUCCCAGGCUCUUGGUGGCAAGCCUAGUACCUGCUUGACACACAAUACCAGACUACAAAACACCAAUACAGAGAAGGGAACUAAGCGCUGCUACAAACCCAGAUGCCAGCUCUGUCCCCACAUCUACUCUAGCAACACAACUGCAGGCCCCAGCAAUGUCACACACAAUAUCAGGGGCCUGUUUACUUGUUCCUCAGCUAAUGUGAUCUAUGCCACCCUUUGCCAACAAUGUCCUUCUGCGCUCAACAUAGGACAAACAGGACAAUCUCAAAAAGGGCAAAAUAAUUAAUGGAUACAAAUCUGACAUCAGGAAUGGCA